CAAGCCAUCCUCCCCAAACCCCCUCAAACCCUUGCUCAGAACCUUUCCCAAGUAAUCAUCCAUCUCACACCCACUCUUCUUCAUCAUCCCGUACAUCCUGACCGUCGAUUCCUUCCUGCCCGCGCCAAUCAAAGCCUGCACCAGCCUCAGCAGCCCCUUGCUCUCGCCGCACUUGAUCCCGCCCUCCCACUCCAUCUCAAAGAUCAGCCGAUCGAUCUCCUCUGCCAGCCCGUUCCUCGCCAGAGCCACCACCAUUUCGGCGUACGCGUCGAGAUCGGCGCCGUGCUCCGACCGAAGGGCGGAGAAAACCCGGGCAGCGACGGCGCACUGGUCCUGGCGGAGGAGCUCCUUCAGCGCCGCUUCGAGGUCGGAUUUGAUGAGGCGCGAGAGGAUGUGAGUGGGGAGGUUUUCCGGGUCGGAUCUGUGGGCCCGCUUGAGAGACUGGAUGGCUUGGAUUGCCUCGAUGCUCAGGAUGCGGCCCUUCAUGAGCGGGCCGCGCGCACGGUGGUUAUGCGCCGGAGAUUGGUGGAUGUGCUGGCGGCGGCGGAGGAGAAGAGUAAGGUAUUCAAGUGUGCUGCGGACGCCAUCUUGGUGGGGGUUGCUUUUUAUUUGUCGAGAAUUGAGAUUGUUUUCGAGAUUGGUUUCAAAGAACAUCAUUGGAUUAUUGUCACUGUAUCUCACAAUUUUGAUAUCCAUUACCAGUUCAUAGAAGAUUACCGUAAACAGCGAAGGGCCUGCGACAGGUGGCAGCUCCCAGUAACUUUCGAGCACAGACUCCACAAAUCGGCUGUUCCGAAAAUGCUCGGCAAAAGUGAUGGCCUUGUUGCUGUGGUUGAAAUCGUCACGCAUGAAACCUCUUACGCCCCACCAAGCGUCCCCGGGCCCACAAAGCUCGUCUGUGUCCACAGCUUUCUCCCAAAACUUCUUUCUUCUGUAUCUUGUCCGAGCCUCGUCACUUUCUUUGAAGCAACUAUGGCCGCCGCC